AUGACUCUAUGUGCGAGGUGUUUUGUUCGCGGAAGCUAUAAAGUUGGGACGAGUAAUACUGAUUUCAAGAGAGUGGAGAUAAGUGAGGAGACUAAGCCUGAUUGGACUGAGAAGGAAACUCUGAAACUUCUUGAAUGUAUUACGAAUUUCGGUGAUGAUUGGAAGAGGGUUUCUCAUCUUGUUAUUGGAAAGACUGAUAAGGAAUGUGUUUCUCAUUUUCUCAAGCUUCCUUUUGGGGAUCAGUUCACGCAUUCUCAACGCUUCGAGUCUGCUCAUAUCGCUGAUGAUAGUUGUUCUGAUCUGUUGAAGCCUUCCGUUAAUGCUGGAUGUGAAUCAGAAACUGCUGGCUUGGGUAAAUCUAGUAAGAGGAUGCGUCUCACGCCUCUUGCUGAUGCAAGCAAUCCUAUCAUGGCUCAGGCUGCUUUCCUUUCUGCUUUGGCAGGGACAGAGGUUGCACAAGCUGCAGCUCAAGCUGCUCUGAGAAGCUUGUCCGAUGUUUACAAGUCAAGUUGA